CUCCAAAGUCCAUAUGGCAGCUGCCGACCCGGACUCUGGGCGACAAGACCGACUUUCGACAGGUUUCCUCGCCCAAGACGUCGUCAUCCCAUCCCGCCAAGAACAAACCGGCAAACUGCGAGCUCUCGCCGCGUAACCUCGUAGACCCAUUUCAUCCUUUCAUAUAUCUCGUCCAGCGCAUAGCUAGCUGUCCCGCUCGUCAGCUGUCGCAUCGAACUUUUCCUCCCUCUGCUCAACAAAUUUCCAGCAUCCCACCUGCAGCUUCUCACAUACACACAUACACACAAACAUCACUGCUCGCGUCGUCAACCCACCAGCCUCCCCACCGAGAUGCCCAACACGAAGGACCGCAAGGUCUUGAGAACCGACGAUGUGGUGAACCUCAAGGAGGAAGAGAAGAGAAAACUGCUCGCGGAACACCUCCCAGACGGUCCACCCGAAGACACGCAACGCCAGUGGCGCGACGAUGACAUCCCCCCUAAGGGCAGGUUUGGCCUGCGCCGCGCCCUUCGUUCGAAGCUGCAUCUCGCCGUUUACAUGAUCCUGCACGCCUUCUUCUCCCUGUACAUCAGGAUACGACAGGCAUGGCACCUGGUGUGCUACCACGUAUCCUCCAUCUUGUUCUACCACCACCGGACACCGGAAUACAUUGAGCGCGAUGUCGUUGCCUUGAAGAGGAAGCCGAAGCACCUCAGUGUUAUCUUGAAGCGGGAAGCGGGCGGCAGACACGGCGCCGAACUGGAGAGACUGGUUGCUGAGGCGGCCGAGGUUGCCGUGUGGUGCGUCUGCGCAAAGAUCCCCGUCUUGACGGUGUACGAGCGAACAGGCCUCCUCAAGCACUACCUCCCUCACCUCCAGCAGUCCAUCAUUCAGAAGUCUCGAUCCUAUUUCGGCAGACACCAGCCGGCCCUUACCGUGGCCAUGCCCCACGCUGACGAGGUUCUCGAAUCCCCAGCCCAUGGUGACUUCGUGCGCGACGAUCCUCGUCACCUCAAGGUUCUCUUCAUCUCCGCCGAGGACGGCCGGGACUCCAUGGUCGAUCUCACCCGCACCCUGGCCGAGAUGUCCCAGAAGGGCAAGCUCCACCCCCGUGACAUCAGCACUGAUCUGAUUGAUGCGGAGCUGUCUGAAGGCAUCAUGCCUGAGCCCGACUUGCUCAUCUCCUUCGCUCCCUACGUCGAUCUGGAUGGCUACCCGCCCUGGCCUAUCCGGCUGACCGAGAUCUUCUGCCUGCCGGACAACCAGGGCGUCGGAUACCAGGUCUUUUUGAGAGCGCUAAACAACUACGCCAAUGCGCAGUUCCGCAAAGGCAAAUAAGAAAAGAGAAAAAAAAAUGAUGUUGAGGUCGCGUAUACCCUAGGAGAGUUUCAUGGUUUCCCCUCGAGCUGGUCUUUGGCGGAAGCUACCCGCAUUUCCCGCAUCGUUUUAUCCCACCGAUAGACAGGCCCGGUCCCGACAUUGUAGUUGUAGUAAU